GAUCAACGCCCCGAAAACCAGAACCGGAAAGGCGCCAAACCGGGCGCCAAAGCGGUUGCGCAAAACGUACGCCUUGGAUGCCUGGAGGUGAAGUUGCGAAGCCAUGUCGCUCUUCAGUGGCGACAAUGAGAUUGGAAACAUCCUCCAGCAAGCUGUCAAGCUCAAGUCUGCGCAGAUGAAUGACAAGCGCAAGACCUACGAGACUUGGCCCUUCUUCGUGCAGCACACCUUGUUCCACGGCGAGAAGGAGGACUUCAAGGCCUGGCGCCAGUUGCCCUUCGAUGAGAAGAAGGUGAUUUGCGAGAGGCUGAAAGAGGAAGGGAACGAUCUUUUCAAGAAGGGUUCCUGGAUGGAUGCCGUGGAGAAGUAUGAGGAGGCGGCGACGCUGAUCCACUAUUGCUACAGCACGGACCCUGGCUGGCGGAAGAACAACCGCGGCAUCGAUGAUGACGUGCUGGUCCUAGUGGAUGACACGGGCUCCACGGAGGAGGAGGGCAAGUGGCAGAGGAAGCACCGAGCCCUGUGCGCGCUGAAUCUGGCAGCUUGCAAGCAAAAGCUCGACAAGCUCGAUGAGGCGAUCGCCGCGUGCGACGCUGCCCUGGAACUCGACCCGGACAACGUGAAAGCCCUCUACCGGCGCGCGGAGUCCAGAAUCAGGCCCGUCAAAGCAACGGCCUACGACCACGACUUGGCCAUCAAGGAUUUGGCCAAGGCCAACCGCCUGGAUCCCUCCAACCAGACGAUCGAGCGGCUCCUGGUGAGGCUGCGAGGGGAGCGCCGCGUUCAAAGAGAGAAGGACUCGAAGACCUUCACCGGGAUGUUUGACCGUGGGCAGAUCUACGACAAGGUGGCGCAAGAGGCGAAGCUGGCCGCUGCGUCCUCCAAGGGGGGCUCCGUGCUCUCCGGUGCCACCUAUCAGGACCUGGAGAAGAGAAUAGAGGACAUAUCCGAGCAGGACCCCAUCGAGAAGCGGAUCCAAGACGCGGAGCUCCUGCGGGACCUCUACGUCCGCAAUGGCAAGGAGGAUGAGGCAAAGGAGAUCAAUGAGCAGAUCAAAGAGGCGAAGAAGGCCGUGAAGAAGGCACAGACUCAGGAGCCGGAGAUCGAUUGGGAGAACCCGCCCCCCGAUCUCAUCGAGGAUGCCAAGAAGCACGGCCUGGACCUCACAGAUCCCUUGGUGCAGCAGGAGCUGACGCGGAUGGCGCGAAAGGGCUUCAACGAGCUGGAGGAGGAGGCACCAGGGCCGGAGCAGGAGGAGGACCUCGCGCCGGUACCCUGGCGCAGGUACGUCAUCUUUUUUGCGGCGGUGUUCCUUUUCUGGUGCUUGGUGGAUGCGAUGAUGCUGAGCAUGGCUCCGACGCGACCACCCCUGCCGCGCGGAGGUGAGGUGAAGGACGUCGCUUCGGAACCGGCGGCGGCGUCUUCCGUGCCAGAGGAGGAAGUCGCGGAGGUGACGGAUAGCUUAGAGGACGAGGCGCCCUUGCCGCCCUCUCCUUCGCCAAUGCGUGCAUGGUGGGACACGAUCAGCCCCUGGAUCUUUGGUGAGGCUGAUGAGACAGAGCUUUGAGUCAUAGCGAUGACCUCGUGCCUAAGCGAGAUGGAAACC